AUGUCUCACCAUCAGAAUCUCCAACACAGCGGCUUCGUGCCCUAUCCUUCACAUCAUCCAGUGUAUCCCGACAGCAUAGACUCAGACUCCCAUGACAGCCUCUCGACAAAAGUAGGCCCAUUCGGGGACGAGAAUACUGCCACAGACGAGCACUUCUUCGUUGGGGAUCCGGACCUGGAGCAGUUGGACCCUUGGAGGGGGAAUGUGCCCAGUCCCAUGCCACGAAUCGCGGAUGCUAUCACUCAAGAUCUGCAUCUGCAGCAUCAACAGUCUCUGCACCCCAGCCUCCCAGACCCAGUGGGUUGCGGCAAGCUCGCCAGCCGAAUAUCGAGCUUCCAGAACAAGGCCAAGGAGACACUUCGCCGGGACGAAGCGCAGACCCGCAGACGCUGUAUUUCGGCAAGUGACGGCCAGCCUGCAGCAACAAGAUUGCAUACUCUGUUCUUCAGCACUGCUUCGAGCGUAGUGGCCCGCUGUGAACGGCGCAUAACGAUGUCGUUGUUAGCGGAAGCAGCACUUUCUCCCCUCUCGCCAACCAUCUACAGCCCAUGGGACGGUGACUUCGCACCUCCGGCUCCAGGCCUGGACGAAUACGCAACCAUGCAAGCACAAUCAAGAGGACAAGGACCAGGUCGAGUUCCGCCUCCCAUUGAUCCCCAACUGCAACCCCAAUCCGAAGGUCCGCCUCAAUAUCAAGAAGAGCACCCCCUUCAGCCACCAGACAUCUACUACCGCUACCCCGAAGCCUCGUCCUCCCUCCCAACCGCGCACACCCAGCCCUUCACACCAAUCUACAUACCCCACAAUCCUUCCCCCACAAUCCCGCACCACCACCACCAACAUCCAAACCAAUACGCCUCUUCCAUGACCAGCGCCUCAUCCCCCGCCCCCCUCUCAGACGCCGAAGCAGAAGCAAAACGGAUCCGCAACACGGCUGCCAGCGCCCGCUUUCGCCGGAAGAAGAAAGCGCGGGAAGCGAGCCUGGAGCGGCAGAGCCGGGAGAAGAGGGAGGCGCUUGCGAAGCUGGAGGAUCGGAUCACGGAGCUCGAGGACGAGAAUAAGUUUUUGAAAGGGCUGAUCUUGUGGAAGAGGGAGGGGCGGGAGGGGGAUGAGGGGAAAGAGGUGGAGGAGAGUAUUGUUGUUGAGUCGGAGAGGAAGCGGAGGGAGAGAAAGGAUGGUGUCGGGACAUGA